UUGGAGAGAGCAGCGCGAUGUCUGGCAGAGGAAAGGGCGGCAAGGGGCUCGGGAAAGGCGGCGCUAAGCGGCACCGGAAAGUUCUUCGCGACAACAUCCAGGGAAUCACCAAGCCGGCUAUUCGCCGUCUCGCUCGCCGUGGCGGUGUGAAGCGCAUUUCCGGCCUGAUCUAUGAAGAGACCCGCGGUGUGCUGAAAGUGUUCCUGGAGAACGUGAUCCGCGACGCCGUCACUUACACGGAGCAUGCCAAGAGAAAGACCGUCACCGCUAUGGAUGUGGUGUACGCCCUGAAACGCCAGGGACGCACUCUAUACGGCUUCGGCGGUUAAACGCUGCGACACUGAACCGCACCAACACAACGGCUCUUUUAAGAGCCACCCACUUAUUCAUAGAAGAGUAAAUUCGUGUCUCUCG